GGGGCCUCCGUCGAGCAUGGCGGGCGAGCUGGAGAGUAUCAAGAUGCUAAGCGGGCUGCUGAGCGGCCUGGCUCAGGACGCCUUCCACAGGCACCCGGGCAUCACCGAGGAGCUGCUGCAGAGCCAGCUCUGCCCAGAUGUGCCCCCUGAGGAGUUCCGCCCCUUUCUGGCCAAGAUAAAGGGGAUUCUUAAGUCUAUUGCAUCUGCAGACAUGGAUUUCAACCAGCUUGAGGCAUUCUUGACUGCUCAAACCAAAAAACAAGGUGGUAUCACAUCUGACCAAGCUGCUGUCAUUUCCAAGUUUUGGAAGAGCCACAAGAUAAAAAUCCAAGAGAACCUUAUGAACCAGAGCCAUUGGGACAAUGGACUUCGAGGCUUGAGCUGGAGAGUUGAUGGCAAGUCUCAGUCAAGACACUCAGCACAAAUACAUACCCCUGUUGCCAUAAUAGAGCUGGAAUUUGGGAAAAGUGGACAGCAGCCAGACAAGAAUGUGACAAAGCCUUUAGAGAGCUAUACAAGACAUGGAAUAAGGACAGAGGAUAAAGAAUGGAUAUGAUAAGGAAUCUGAAUUUCUUUGUUUGGAAUUUGAUGAGGUCAAGGUCAACCAAAUCCUGAAGAAGCUCUCAGAGGUAGAAGAAAGUAUCAGCACACUGAUGCAGCCAGCCUAAAUGAAGAUUGAAAUUGUUGAAAUAAAGUUGUUCAUGAUCCCU